GUUUACUCUCGCGAUGGGGAGUUAUCCCAUACGCCAACUCCCUGGAUACGGUUGGGAUCAUGACUAAAAAAGUGGAGGAUGCUCGGAAGGUCUUUGAUGUAUUGAAUGUGCAUGAUCCCAAAGACCCGACGAGUCUGCCACCUACGGCGAGAAAACCUAUUAGAUCGGAAAAGAAGAAAACGUGGACAGUUGGAGUUCCUGCCGAGUUCAACCCUGAGGAACUCUCGGAACCAGUCCGUAAAGCAUGGGCAAGCGCGAUUGACGCCUUGCGCAGUCAGGGUCAUACAAUCAAGGAGGUGUCCAUCCCAGCAGUACAACAGGCUAUAAGCGCAUACUAUAUCCUUGCACCCGCUGAAGCGUCUUCAAACUUGGCUAAAUUCGAUGGUAUUCGAUACGGUCGUCGUGCUGAUCAGGAUUCUGCUAACGGCACGCUGUACGCCAACACCAAAGAGGAAGGUUGGGGCGAAGAGGUUAAGAGACGUGUGUUGCUCGGUACUUUCACGCUGAGCUCUGAGGCCAUCGAUAACUUCUUCAUUCAGGCACAGAAAAUCAGGAGGAUGGUUCAAGAUGACUUUGAUAAAGUGUUUGCCACGAAGAACCCGUCGCGUGCUACGGAGCAGGGAGUGGAGGAUGGUGUUGAUGUGUUGAUCACACCGUCAUCUAUGACCACUGCGCCAUUACUGUCAGAGGUUAAGAAGCAGAAGAGACUGGAUGCUUAUGUGAACGAUGUUUUGACCGUUCCGGCAAGUUUAGCUGGCCUUCCGGCUUGCAGUGUCCCGUAUGGCAAGGAUGAAAGCGGUAUGCCAAUUGGUCUGCAGGUUAUGGGUCAGUUCGGAGAGGACCACACAGUCUUGGAAAUGGCCAAAAUCCUAGAAGAUAUGGUUUCAUGAGGGUAUAGUGCUAUAUAUCGUACAUCCUGAUCUUACUCCUCCAUGACAAUGACC